AGCAUGGCCAGCAAUUUCUCCCAGCCUGCCGUGCAGCUCUGCUAUGAGAAUGUGAAUGGAUCUUGCAUUAAAGUUUCCUUUUCGCCUGGAUCUCGUGUGAUUCUCUACGCUGUGUUCGGCUUGGGGUCUUUGCUGGCUCUGUUUGGAAACCUUUUGGUGAUGACUUCGGUUCUGCAUUUCAAGCAGCUGCAUUCUCCAACCAAUUUCUUAAUUGCCUCUCUGGCCUGUGCUGAUUUCUUGUUGGGUAUGACUGUGAUGCCCUUCAGUAUGGUCAGGUCUGUGGAGAGCUGCUGGUACUUUGGAGCCCAAUUUUGUACUCUUCACAUUUGCUUUGAUGUGGCAUUUUGCUUCGCUUCCCUCUUCCACUUGUGCUUCAUUUCCAUUGACAGGUACAUUGCUGUUACUGACCCUCUGGUCUAUCCAACUAAGUUCACAGUGCCUGUGUCUGGAGUGUGCAUCAGCAUCUCCUGGGUCCUGCCUGUUCUGUACAGUGGGGCCGUGUUCUACACAGGGGUCAAUGACGACGGGAUGGAAGAUCUAGUAAGUGCUCUCAGCUGUGUAGGUGGCUGUCAGGUUGCUGUGAAUCAAGACUGGGUUUUGAUAGAUUUUCUGUUAUUCUUCAUACCAACCCUUGUGAUGGUAAUUCUUUACAGUAAGAUUUUUCUUGUAGCUAAACAGCAAGCUAUAAAAAUUGAAACUACUGGUAGCAAAACAGAAUCAUCUUCAGAGAGUUACAAAGCUAGAGUGGCGAAGAGAGAGAGAAAAGCAGCGAAAACCCUGGGGGUCACAGUGCUAGCCUUCAUGAUUUCAUGGUUACCGUACACAAUUGAUGCGUUAAUUGAUGCUUAUAUGGGCUUCAUAACACCUGCCUAUAUUUACGAGAUUUGCUGUUGGAUUGCUUAUUAUAACUCAGCCAUGAAUCCUUUGAUUUAUGCUUUAUUUUAUCCUUGGUUCAGGAAAGCCAUAAAGCUUAUUUUAAGUGGAAAAAUUUUAAAGAAUAGUUCAUCAACCAUUAGUUUAUUUUCAGAGUAA